AUGGCGGAGGUGGUCGCCGUUAUCGCCUGUGUGGCAGCAGUCGUCUCCGCCUACCAAGAUGGCCACAAGCUCUUCGGCGCCAUCAAGAAAAAGUGGAGGGAACAUCGUCGCCCCGAGACCAUCAACACCGAGCCGACCACCAACGAUCUGGAUUGGUCUCUCCGGCGGGGGGAAGAAGAGAUCAUGACGCAGUGGAAUUCCUACGCCGGUCAAAUGGGCCGCCGGUUCGAGGACGGCGACCGCGUGGCCCGCGAGCAGAUGAAGGAUAUAGUCAUCGAGCUGCAGCGCGCCCUCCUCGCGAACCUGCGCGAGAACAACGCUCAGCUCAAUAUGUUUGCUCUCCUUCAAGCUUCCGAUCGCGGUCGGACGGAUACCAUCUGGGUCUUCCAUAAUUUGCAACAGCGACUCGCCCAGGCUGCCUCGAUUCCCUCGCCAUUAGAUUUCGGCCCGGUCCCAUUCGAUCCAGCGUCAAGGCUUUGGUACUGGAUCAAUCUGAUUGAGAAUCACUACCAGGCUCAAUUUUCGCCUUCCCGAUACAUCCAGAGUUUACCUUCUUCCCCCGGAGGUAGGCUCAUAUCGGGAGGCAUGUCAGGGUCGCCCCCUGAUAUUAUAGGCUUCCUUCGUCAGAUGGAGGAACAAGCGUCGCCGUCGCAAUCUCGAAGAUCCUCCGGGAUUAUUUCCCCUAGCAGUCCCUAUCCUGGUCGGCGACAGUCUUCGGGGGAUAUGUACAGCCCAUGGCCCGAGUCUGGCUCUCGCUAUGGAAGCUUUGUGCCUGGAGCGGGGCUCGCGCCAAUGCCCGAGAUGCCUGAUCAGCAUUAUACUAUUAUUGAUCGGCCGCGGGAGGGCUCUUCGGGUUCAGCCGGCAUAUAUGGAGCUGAUAUGGAUUAUCUUCAGCGAGAUCGAAUCCCUACAGGCCGACCACAACAAACUUUCCAUCGAGAUCAGGCGCGGGAAGAGAUGCAGGACUAUCUCCACGAAGAUCAGCCUUCUUCCGCUCGUCAUGAGAUUCCACCUUCACAAUCUGUCCGGAAUAAUAAAGACGUCGACCACCUCACUCUUGAAAUGACUGAAAACCCAUGGAUCAUGGAUGCGACUGAACCGACAGACACGCACCGGCAACGAACCUAUAGCCCUGAGCCUAUCCCUGAACCAGCCAUGCCUGAAGUCGUAUAUCGGACGAAUAUUGUCGACACCAGACACCUAGUCGGCAUGGAGUCACCGUGGGCGGCGCAGCCGACUCCCCCUCCAAUCCCCGAGCAACGUAGAUCCACCAUGAUGGACAGCGGUUUCGAGUCUGGACGCUGCAUCCCCCAAGUCCGAGCCGAAGAAACUAUCCGACAAGAACACUACACAAACCCAUUCCCUCGCCACCACCACCGUCCUCCUACACAAGACCGUCCCCUUCCACACCUUCCCCUCCCCCAACGCCAAAACUCCCACGACGCUCCUAUCCCAGUGCUCACAAGCACACCCUCUCCCUCCCCACCUUACCCCCCUCCAGCCACGAACCCAGCACACCCCCUCCAUCUCCUCCACAACCUCCACAAUCUCGUCAACCUCCUCCUCCAACCCCUCAUCAACCCGCCCCUACUGGCCCCCCAGCACCGAAAACAACUACGCCGGAUUCUGCAAAGGCGCCUGGAAAGUCCAAUCCGGCCUCGGCGGCUUCAAAGUCCACUCCGAACCAAAAGGCUACUACGGAAUGGAAUCGAAAUGGCGCUGUGGAACGUGUUUCUUCGAAAUGCCCCUUUCCCCGGACUCAACGCGCAAUAA